GUACCAAGUGGGCGCGCCGUUUGAGCCCGGAAGGAAACGGUUGGAAAACCUGCGCUGGAGAGGCGGAAGAUGUUACCGGCGAGGACAAAAUCUUCUCACAGAUGACAGAAGGCAAGUUUAGUGUAGUCGGACCACGGUUACGGCUUUGUUUUAACGUUCUACUACUGUACUGCACAGUAUACAACACAGCACACGGUGAAAUCUCUGAUGUACAGGGCACUCUUGCUGGUACUGCUGUGUAAGAACCGGGGAUCCAGCCCGCUGGUACAGCUGAAGGGAAGUUGAUAGUAUGAAAACGGGCGUGUUGUCUCUUAUCUGUGGGCUAACUAUGAUGGCAGCAGUGGUCGGGACCACGGUGCUGCCGCAGGGGCCAGAAGAACUGUUGAGGAUUGGGGACAGUAAUGUCGUUGAAUUUGAGUUUCCCGAGCGGAGACGCGGCAUCAUCGUAGUUAACAGUGACAGUGAGCAGUGGCAGGAUGGCUGGACUUUACGAGUAGAGUCUUUGGAUCCAGCUGUUCUGCGCAUUGAAAAUGUAAGUGAGGGUCAGAGUUCUGGGUCGGGUUGGCAGCAGGGUCGAAGUCACAUUGUUCAUAUUUACUCGGGUGUGGCUGGUACAGCUCCUCUUCUCCUUCAGUUACUGGAUCUAAAUCCAAAAGACAAGCCGAUCAUCAUUGCAGAAAGAACAGAGUUCCGUAUUCAUGUAUUGCCUGAUGCUGUUCCCACACCAUUAGUUGGAGACCUGGAACAUUUUUCUGAGCAUCCAGUUCUUUAUGUGCUCCUUCCUCUGAUUUUCAUCAACAAGUGUGCAUUCGGAUGUAAAGUGGAUCUAGCGACUUUGAAGGGAUUACUAAAGCAGCCCCAGCCCUUGUUGGGGGGUAUGCUGGGGCAGUUUGUUAUAAUGCCCUUGUAUGGCUUUGCCCUUGCCAAAAUAAUUGCUCUGCCAAAAGCACUUGCCCUUGGACUAGUGAUUACUUGCUCUGCCCCUGGUGGAGGAGGAGGUUAUCUCUACAGUUUACUCCUAGGUGGAGAUGUGACAGUUGCCAUAUCAAUGACUCUUAUUUCCACUGUGGUGGCUACUGGGAUGAUGCCACUUUCUUCUGCUAUUUAUAGCCAUCUUCUGCAAGUUCAUGAUAGCCUUCAUGUCCCCUUUAUCAAGAUCCUAGUAACACUGCUCUUCAUUGCUGUACCAAUUUCUACUGGCAUGUUCAUAAAGUAUAAGUUUCCCAAAGUCUCUGGAUUUUUGCUUUUGCUUAUCCGACCUUUCAGUUUUUUACUAAUUAUUGGGGGACUCUUCAUGGCCUAUCAGAUGGGAGCAGCAAUACUUGCCAAUGUACAACCCCACAUUGUUAUUGCUGGUGUUACCGUGCCAGUCUGUGGACUUUGUGUGGGGUACCUACUGGCAUUUUGUUUGAGACUCUCAAGUCCCUUGCGUAGAACAGUCAGUAUUGAGGUUGGGGUACAGAAUAGUCUUCUGGCUUUAGCAGUGCUACAGCUAUCCUUUCAACGAGCAGAUGCAGAUUUUGCCUCCCAAGCACCUUUCCUUGUGGCACUCAGUAGCACAUCAGAAAUGCUGUUAGUGGUAAUUGUGUAUUUGGUUUACAGUAAGUUGUGCCCAUCUGCUGGGACAAGCUGAGCUCUUUGACAUUGUUUUUCUGUGGCCAGGCCUUGAAAGAGGCAGAAGUAAACUUGUUCUGAAAAAGGUUUACAAGCAACUAACCUAGUUUGUGUGUCAGACUGAGCUCACCUGAAUUAAGCGCCUUGUUAAAAGCCAAAGGCCUUUUGUGAUAGGCCAUUUUCUAUGCACUAAGAGAGUAAAUUAUUUUUAUACAAAUAUUUUAUUUUACAACAAACAGGUUAUUGUCUUAUGCUGCUGUCUACUGUAAUCCAAACAGUGACUCAUAACCACUCAUUUGCAUUAUAACAUAUAGAAAUGCUGAUUUGAAUAAAAAAAUCAAACCCA